CUUCAACUUUUGUACUGAUCAAACCAAAUCAAAGCUAAUGGAGCACCACAACCACCACCAUCGCCACCACCACCAACGCGACGACAGCGAUGAAGAUCGUCAAUCCUUUGGAGGAUCACCGCCGCGCAACAAUUUCCCCGAUGCUCCACCGCAACCCCAUGGCCUUUACCAGCCACAACCUCCUUUCGACCCUUACGCGCCUCCGCCUCACUUCGGAGCUCCGGAACCACCGCCUCACUUCGGAGAUCCGGCACCACCGCCUCACUUCGGAGCUCCGGCACCGCCGCCUUACUUCGAUGCUCCGGAACCGCCGCCUCCGUUUGGUCAUGUGAGCCAUGUCGGUCAUCACUCUUCCAACGAGUCCUACCCACCGGAUCACCACCGAUACGGAGCUCAUCCGCCGCCUGAUUCGAUGCUAGAGAGCCACACUGGCGUCACGCACGUGGCUCACCAUAGCUCACAAGGCCCUCAACCUUACCCGCCUUCUGGUUUUGACCACCGUCCUGAUGAGAAGAACCGUGUGCCUGAUAAUAUUGCCGGACUCGCCGGAAGGGCUACGGUGAAGGUGUAUUCAAAGGCGGAGCCUAACUAUUAUCUGACGAUUAGAGAUGGUAAGGUCAUUCUCGCCCCAGCUAAUCCAUCUGAUGAAGCACAGCACUGGUACAAAGAUGAGAAGUACAGCACUCGGGUGAAGGACGCAGACGGUCAUCCUUGUUUUGCUCUUGUAAACAAGGCUACUGGUGAAGCAAUGAAGCAUUCUGUGGGAGCUACCCAUCCUGUGCAUCUAAUUCGAUAUGAUCCUGAUAGACUCGACGAGUCGGUACUAUGGACAGAGAGCAAGGAUUUGGGAGAUGGAUAUCGCACAAUAAGGAUGGUAAACAAUACGAGGCUAAACGUUGAUGCAUUUCAUGGUGACAGCAAAUCUGGUGGUGUCCGUGAUGGCACGACUAUUGUCCUUUGGGACUGGAACAAAGGAGAAAACCAGCGCUGGAAGAUCUUUCCUUUCUGAAAUUGGCGGGUGAAGUAGUAAAAAGUGGGUUUGUGUGUGUUUAUGAAUAACUAUAAGAAAGAAACAAAAGUUCAGAUUUGUUGUGUCUUGUAAGAGUUGAGUUUGUGCGGUUGGCAUCUGUAAUCUAUCUUGUAUUUCAAGUAUGCCUUUUUCUUACAGAUACACAUACACUCUGUACAUUUGGUUUAUAUUUGUUUCUUGUUUUGAUAUCUUUUUUAUUAUUAUUUUUGUUACAGAA